AUAACUACACCUCAUUAUACAUUCCACCUUGCGUGAGCCCCAUUCGUAGCAGUUCGUACGCAGAGGUCAAAUCUGACAGAUGGAUGUUUUCUAAGCACAGUGUCGAGCAGGGUACCUUAUUUUCUUCUAUUGCCGCACAGUAAAUUGCUAACUAGCAAACUAAUUCCUGUUCACCAUGAUUGAUAUAAAGCAAAAUAUAACGGAUAAAAACUAUGAAAAGGUUCUGGAAACAUUAAACGCAUUGAACAUAAGCGAAACGGACGCCGAUUCGUUCCGGUGCGAAGUGGAUAUCUUGCUGGAAAGCUUUUACGUUUGCCAUGGUUCGGAAGAGGAAACCGUGAACCGCAUUGCCAUUAAAUGCUUAAACCUGCUGAAACGUGCCUGUGCCUGUGGAGAAUCAUUUCAAAACGCCAUAGUAUCCCGCGUGGAAUUCCUCGAGCGUGUGCGCGAUAUUUUGGUAGACGAAAAGAAAACAAUACCGGAAAAUGUGCGCACGAACUGUCUGCAACUGCUGGCCAACCUUUGCGUCCAGAACAGAAGCAACCAAGAAAGGAUCAUUACGUACAUGCAAACCUUUCUGCUCACCAACGUUUCCGCCAACGGAAGCUACGCAAAUGCAUCGGCAAUGAUUUUGUACAAUGGGUUUAUCUACAAAGCAGUCGACUUGAAUCUGCACGACGUGCUGGCCCGUUUGCUUGACAACGUGGAAGCUAAUCAAACUGCUCGAACAGAUGUGCCGGAAUUCGUCUGCAUAUUUCUGGAGUACCUUAUUGCUGAAAGUAACGAGAUGGUGCAGGUGCUGGAAAAGAUUGACGUUAGCAAAAAGCUGCUGCUCUAUCGAUACCUCAUCGAGUACAUACGGCAGGAAGAUCGGCGCAUCCAUCCCAUCCACCCGGAUGUGUUCAAGCACCUGCUGGCUGAAUUUAAGAAGAAGUCCGACAUGAUACUUAAGACCGACAAUGUACAGCUCGAUGCACAGGACACAGAGGAAGCGUUUACGUUGCUGGUGAUGGUGGCAGACUCAACGUGCGUAGAACCGUAUGGUUCGUUUCUGCGCCACGACGGAGGGUUAUUCUUAAAUUUUGGAUGUCUUUUGCGUCAAAUGCAGCUUCUUGGCAAGUCUGAGACGAAGAACAUGUUUACACCGGUGCAGAAGAUUGAAGAAAUUUUACGAAUCAAACAAGGUGACACCGAACUGGACAUUGAAUCUCAGAUCUCCUACUCCUUGCGGUCGGCAGUUGUAAAAGGGUUGGCCAAUUUGACGUACAAGUCGAAGAAAAACCAAAAACUUGCUCGAGAGAUGGACAUUAUUGCGGCUAUUCUUGAAUGCACCAACCUGGACGCUCGCAAUCCGCUUAUAAAGGAAUGGAGCAUUCUGGCAAUACACAACUUGUGUGAUGAUAAUUUGGAAAAUCAGCAAUUCAUCGCAGGACUGAAGAAACUUGGCGAUGCCGAAAACUCAUUGCUAACGGAGUACAAGUCCGGAACGAUUCGAAUCAGCGAUGGAAAAGCGUGA